CAAAGAGACAGGGCCUCAUUGACUCCACCCCAGCAGCAGCUUUAUUGCUCUCAAACUGAGAGAGGCAGGGGCUCAAGCUCACUGUUGCUCUCAGCAAUGGAGAGCAAAAAUGGAGGAGAGAAGAAGAAAGCAAAGCAAGGAGGGUUCAAGACUAUGCUAUUUAUACUUGGAAAUGAUAUCUGUGAUAAGUUUGCAACUGCUGGAUUCAAUGCAAACAUGGUCUCGUACUUGACCAGCCAGUUGCAUUUGCCUCUAGUUACAGCCUCCAACACCCUCAGCAACUUGAGUGGCACUUCCAGCCUCACCACUAUCAUCGGUGCUCUGAUCGCCGACUCCUUUGCUGGCCGUUUCUGGACCAUCACCGUUGGCUCGCUCAUCUAUCAGCUGGGAAUGAUCACUCUCACAAUAUCAGCUAUCCUCCCUGCUCUCCGCCCACCGCCGUGCACACCACCUGACGUUUGCCACCGUCCAUCAACAUUCCAACUCCUAGUCCUCUACUCCUCCCUCAUCCUAACCUGCAUUGGCGCUGGAGGCAUCAGACCCUGUGUUGUUACAUUCGGCGCAGACCAAUUUGAACUCGACAAGACACGAACAAGCACAAGGAAAUGGAACUAUUUCAGUCUCUACUACUUCGCAUUGAGCGUGUCUCAUCUCUUAGCCCUUACUUUGGUUGUGUAUAUCCAAGACAAUGUUGGUUGGGGAUGGGGGUUUGGGAUUCCUAGCAUGGUGAUGUUCGUGUCGGUUGUUGUGUUUGUGAUUGGAUAUCCGCUGUAUAUAAAAAUUAAGCCUGCAGGGAGCCCGAUGACACGGUUGACACAAGUAUUGAUUGCUGCUUUCAAGAAGAGGAAGAUUGCGAAGCCUGAAGACCCGAGUCUUUUGUUUGUUGAUAAGGAAUUGGAUGCUGAUAUUUCAACUGGAGGGAGGCUUAUCCAUACUGAACAGCUUCGGUUCCUCGAUCAAGCUGCAAUCAUUACUGAUGGCGACAUGACUGACUCUGGCAAGACAAGGCUCUGGAGACUAUCGACAGUGCACCGGGUAGAAGAACUGAAGUCAGUUAUACGCUUGAUCCCAAUUUGGUCCGUUGGGAUCUUGACUGUGACUGCAGCCUCCCACAACCACUCCUUCGCGAUAAUUCAAGCAAAGGCGAUGAACCGCCAUCUCACACCUAACGGUUUCCAAAUCCCUGCAGCAUCCAUGUCCAUCUUCGCCACUGUAAUGAUGAUCAUCGGCCUUCCACUCUAUGAUAAAGUCAUAGUCCCUAUAUCUCGCCAAUUCAAACAAUCAGGGUUCACAUAUCUACACAGGAUCGGAAUUGGGCUAGCGAUCCAAGUUCUAGCCAUUGUAUUGGCUGCACUGGUGGAGCAUAAAAGGAAGUUAACUGUAACUGCUCCGAUCAGUGUAUUCUGGUUAGUACCACAGUACGCGGUCCAUGGGCUCGCUGAAUCGUUCAUUCAAGUCGGACACAUGGAGUUUUUGUACGAUCAGUCGCCGGAGAGCAUGAAGAGCACGGCAGUGGCGCUGUUCAACCUUGCCGCGUCCGUGGGGAACUAUAUGGGGACUGCACUUGUGACUGCGGUGAGUGAGUAUACGAAGAAGAGAGGAGAUUGGUUGCAGGAUGAUAUUAAUAGGGGGAAGUUGGAUUCCUAUUAUUGGUUGGUGACAGUGUUGCAAGUGAUUAAUCUUGGGUAUUAUCUUGUUUGUGCAAAAUUAUAUACUUAUAAGACGUUGGAAGUUGAUGGAGUAGAGAAAGGAGGAGGUUCUGUUGGAGAUUUGGAGCUUGUUAAUAGUGUUCAAGACUGAUUAAAAGUUGACUUGGUAAAUGAUAUUUUGCUGAUAUUUCUGAUGUAAUUGCAGAUUUUCGUUAGCUAAAAUUUCGGUCUUUGGUUUUAUUUUGUUAGUGGAGUAGUGGCUAAUAAAUCUGAAAGUAGUUCAGAGUUUUAUGAUGAUUCAGUUGUUUUGUAA